CACUUGGUUAUUAGUUAAGUGAAUUUCAUUUCAUUCAGUAAAAAUUGCAAAAAUGAGUGAAACAAAAUUAAAUAUAUCGACACACAUACUUGAUGUGAGCAAGGGUGUUCCUGUCAAAGACAUAAAGGUUAAACUGUAUAAAUUGAAUAUGAAUGAAAACAAUGAAUCAUGGAUUUUCAUAAGUGACUGUGUAACAAACUCAGAUGGUCGUAUUCCUAAUUUUGAGAUUGGUAGAUCACCAUCAGCAGUUGGCGUUUAUAAACUAAAUUUCGCCGUAAAAAAUUAUUAUGAUUUUAUCGAUUCAAAAACUUUUUAUCCAUUUAUUGAUGUGAAUUUUUCCGUUGAUAAGUUGGAGCAUUAUCAUAUUCCUCUACUGCUUAAUGCAUUUGGAUACACAACUUAUAGAGGUUCAUAAUAUGUACUUUAUUAUUAUUCUGAAUGUUGAUGUACAAAGAUGAAGUAAAUAAAAAAAAAAAAAUAAAAACAAUUCUA